AUGAGCGAACUUAACAACAUCGACUCCGUCGCUACCCCCAAGCAGGGCGAGUUCAAGCCCGGUGUCCAGCCUACCAACGCCCCCAUGGAGCACGGCGGUCACAAACCUGGCGUCAAGGCAUCUCCCGGCGACUACGCCUCCGAAUUCCAUGCCGAGACAUAUCCCCCUGGCACCGCUCCCGCCAGCAACUCCUACACCCCCAACACCGUCAAUGAAUCCGGCAGCCAGGCAAAUAACCCCAAUGUCGAGCGCGGCCACGGCAAGGAGGCCGUCAAGACCCCCGCAGGUAACACUCUGAAGGGAUCCACGUCGCAGGACGUCUACACCGGUCUUGGUCACCCUGGUUCUGGCCAGACCAGCAGCGAGCUCAGACAUAAUGGCCAGUCCCACCGUAAGCACGGCGGUGGUGGUCUGGAGGGUGUGGGUGCUAGCAGACUGCCCGGCUAUGAGCGUAAUCUUCCCGACCAGCGGGGUCUUGAGCGUGACCAGGCCCGUGGCGGCCAGCAUGGUAACAAGGGGACCCUUGGUGCGGAAGAUAUCCAGCCUGAACCUGCUGAGACGCUGGCUUCGGAGUGGAAGUACGAGCCCGGCACGAAGCGGAGCUGA